GCUCCGCGACCGCUUUGAAUUCGAAUAAGAUGAUGUGUAAAUAAAGUUUAGAGUGGUUAGGCUUUGUUUGCUUUUUGUCACGUUUUCACGUUUUCCGUAGUUGUUUGUAAAUUUUGAUAUUGAAAUUCUCAACUAUUGCAACGAAAUUGCAAGCUUCCAGCUUUUUCCCCAUAUCCAAAAUGAAGACGAUAGAUCUCCGGCCGGAUCGCGCCCUCCUGAAGCCGAACUUCGAUGGCUACAAGCUGUCGUUGGAACCGAUCCCGAUCCUUCGCACCGAACUGGCAGCGGAUUCUCAACCAAACCGGAUCCGCCCGAAUGAAGCGCAGUACUCCCACCUGCAUGCCCAGAUGUUCGGACUGCAAAAUUUGCUAGUUCGUGAUCCGUGGGCGGGAGGCAGUUGCUACUUUGUGAGCCGAGAUCUCUCGGUUUGUUGGGCGCAAUACAGUGAGCUCAGCGGGCGGAUGUUGCCGCUGGCCAAGGUGUUCAAAAUGGAUGCAGCGGUGAGUGCGGAGCCAUACAACUGUUCCGUGGUGUUCCUGUCGGAGAAGUUUGCACUUGUGGCGGAUGGUCGGGAUGGAUUGCACGUGGUGGACACGGGAGACCGUCGUAAAGGAGGUGAGUGGCAAAAGGUAUUUACUCUAGCGUCUCCGGAAUGGCCGGGAAGUUGUGUUCUUGAGGAUGGCCGAUUUGAAAUUGUCAACGGAGAAAGACAGAUUCAUGCGGUGGGCGCGUACGUUACUCAGGAGGACGGAACUUUCAAAACCGUUUUACACUGGGUGAAAAUAGCACAGAAGAACAGUAAUGACCCUUGGGUAUUCCAUUCCAGCCAGGAGUUGAAGGGGCGGGGAUAUGCUUAUUAUUGUACCCUUGAGCCUAAAAGCAAUGCGUUGGUGGUGGCAAGCGAUAAACCGUUCAAAUUUGUAACAAACGGAGAGUCCGCAGAUCAGCCGAUGGAAGAAGAGGAGAAAGAACCCGGUUUACCGGAUGCACCUUUCUUCAGUUGGAUUCAAACUUCGGAAAAUAUAACGAUCACAGUUCCAAAAGUCGAAGGAGUUGAGUACAAAGUAUCCAACGAAAAUUGUAAACUGUCCGUUUUGUCCGGUACAACGUCGAUCAUCAAUGAGGAUGGUUGGUUUGCAGAGGUCGACGGAGAGUUGACUUCAUGGAUCAAUGAAUCGAAUGAAAUACAAAUCACCUUGUUCAAAACCAUUCCUGGGAUAUGGCCUUUCCUCUAUCCCGGAAGCCCAGAGGAAAAAUGUGACCGAAUGGAUCAGGACAUGGCGCCGGCGUCGAAUCUGACUUCCCAACUCGAGGAAUGCGAUUUUGGAACGGCCGGAGACGACACAGAAUACACAAUCGAAAGGCUGGAUGGAACUUCCACAGAGACAACUCACCGAGUGUUCCUCGGAGGAAAUCCGCCGUUGUUUCGGGUGAUGUUGCGCCCCGGUUUUCCAGAUGCCAUUGCGUUGCGCAAUGAUGUCGACGCGUGUCUUUGGCUUCAGCAUCCUGGGACUACUGAUUGGUUUCUGCGACACGAGGGAACCCUUCACGCUUUUGGGUACGUGCAAGCUUCCAAGCAGCAGCGGAAGUUCAUGUCCUGCUCGCCGGACUUCAACUAUGCGGUGAUUUGCGAAGCCCAGCGUCAUAUUUUUAUCUACAAGGCAAACUACAACACCGCGGGUGGAUUGAGGAACCGCAAUGGGCCUCAGAUCAGCAUAGGACAGCAGAAAUUGGUUUCACUCGAUGGAAGCAGCGAAAUUUUGGGCCUUUGUUGCGAGAAUGAUUACACCAUGUUGCUUCUGGAGGGUGAAAUUUUGGUGUUGCAACUUCGUAUCGAAGAAUAGGUAAUAAACGAUAUAACAUUGGG